GAUAUUUUAUAGAAUAUAACCAGACACUAUGCCGACUAAAGGAUUAAUGCAGCGUUUCGCUGAUAAGGAAACUGUCCUUGUAGCAGAAGGUUAUUUAUUUGAAUUUGAACGACGAGGAUAUCUGAAGGCUGGAUCUUUUGUACCGGAAGUUGUCAUAGAGUUUCCUAACAGAGUGAAAGAUCUGCAUGAAGAAUUUGUUCAUGCUGGUUCAGAUGUUGUUCAAGCUUUCACGUAUUAUGGCCAUCGAGAGAAGAUGAGGUUAAUCGGUAAAGAGCACCUGCUAGAAAGACUAAACGUUGAUGCUUUGAAGAUAGCCAGAGAGGUUGCUGAUGCCACGGGCACAUUAAUGGCAGGAAACAUAUGUAAUACUACUCUUUAUGAUAAAAGCAAACCAGAGACAAUUGAACAAACUGAGAAAAUAUUCAAGGAACAGAUAGAAUGGGCGGUUCAAUAUGGUGCCGAUUUUAUUAUUGGAGAAACAUAUCUCGAUUUUGGUGAAGCCGAACUGGCUCUGAACUGUAUGAAGAAAUAUGGACAAGGACUUCCAGCUGUAGUUAAUUUAGCUCCUCCUGCAAUUGACUCUACCUGUGAUGGAGUUCCUUAUGAUGUAGCUUGUAAAAAGCUUGAAGAUCUAGGAGCUGAUGUGGUUGGUCUAAAUUGUAGUAGAGGUCCAGCCACAAUGAUGCCGAUCAUGAGAAAAAUAAGAAAAACGUGUUCGGGUCCAAUUGCCGCGUUACCAGUGACAUACAGAACAACACCAGAACACCCCAUGAUGCAAUCGUUAAUUGAUCCUGAUACCAACCUAAUGGCUUUCCCAGAAAAUUUACCGGCUUUUGCUUGCAGUAGAUAUCAAAUACGUGAUUUUGCUAAAGAAUGUAAAGAAAUUGGUGUAGAAAUGGUUGGUUUAUGUUGUGGAAAUGCUUCUCACUACAUGAGAGAAGUUGCUGAAAUAUUUGGCCGUAAACCACCAGCAUCUAAAUAUUCUACUGAUAUGUCUUUACAUUAUAUGUAUGGUUCUAAAGCACAUUUCUCGAAACAUUAUACCAAUGACUAUAAGAAAAUGUAUCAGAGUAAAACGGAGUAAACUUUAGUGAAGCAUCAAGAUUAUAUAUUUUAGAUUACAAGUUUUAAGUUAUUUUAAGGAAUCAUAUUUGACUGCUUUUCGAGAAAAUGAAAAGCAACAGCAAUCACUUUUUAGCUCUUUAAUGUGAUUAUUACAUAAUUGUCAAAUUUUAAGCAAUCAUGAUAUCGUUAUUUUCAUACAUUGAGUAAUGUAUAGUAUAAUUAUAUUCUUUCCUUAUGUUGCGUUGUAAUAUUAAAUGUAUGAUGUAUAUAUAAUGUAUGUAUAUUGUAUGCUAUCCGCUAUGUUACGUAGAUACAAUUAUCCUUUCUUAUCUUAUUGUUGAAAAUGAUUUAAAAUUAAAGUUUUGUACAUAAAUAAGCCUAUAUUGUGUAUUACACU